GCGGACGUGACGAUCAGAUAAGCUUGGAAAUUAUUCUGGACCGUGAAUAUUCUCUGGAGAUAAAACCAUAUUUAUUUACCAUGAAAAACGUUACAUUAUAACUUUAGACGCGCAUUUAUUUCGUUUGAACGUGGUCCCAUCCUGGAGUGACGAUAUUGUGCGAGAUUCGAGGAGAAAAGAGCGUUUCCAACUCCGUCCGUUUCUGCUGCCUGUUGCUCAGCUGCGUCUGAAGAAAACCAGCAUCGAUAAGCGUCGGAUUUGUCUCCACCUGAAAAAUGCCACGGGAUAGCAAGAAGUCUCUCAUUCAGAAAAUAGCCAGCCAAGCCAAUAUCACAUUUAAAGAUUUCAAUGCAUCCGCAAUUGGGGACAACAAAGUAUUAUUGGACAACCGGGGGGAUCUAAUCGCCCUGCUAACGGAAGUCAGGACUGCAGACCUGAAGAUGAAACCGAACGGCUCCCAUUCCGAACACAACCCACCUGUCACGUACAUGCACAUCUGCGAGACGGAGUCGUUCAGUAUGGGGGUGUUUCUACUGAACAGCGGGGCGUCCAUCCCGCUCCACGACCACCCCGGUAUGAACGGGAUGCUCAAGGUUCUAUACGGGAAAGUCGGUAUCAGGUGUUUUGACCUGUUGGAUAAACCUUCGGACCAGGUGCAGAGUGAGACCCAGUUCGACCCGCCGCUGCUGCCGUUCCAGAAGGACUCUCUGCGGCGGGCUGUGCUCCGGUCAACCAUGUGGUUCACCCAUGACAGUAGUCCGUGUAUCUUAACCCCGCAGAGGGAGAACCUGCAUCAGAUCGACACGGUGGAUGGACCGGCUGCUUUCCUCGACAUCCUGGCACCUCCGUAUGACCCUGAAGAUGGGAGGGACUGUCAUUAUUAUAAAGUCCUACAGACUGUUCCCGACGCAGACAGUAAGGUAGAGGCACAGCAGCCGUGGGAGGAAGAGGUGGUUACUAGAGAUAGGCCAGCCUGAUGGCUUCUGGUGUGG